AUGUGCAAAGAGCAGGAGAGCUUGCUUUCUUUAUCAAGGGCCUGCGUUGCCGCUCCUCCAGCAGUUCCCUCCGGGCCAAGGGGAGGCGCCGCCACGUACUGCGGCUCGCUCGGCGGCGAGGCCGGCCUCCUCAGUGAGCGGCCGGCUGCACCUUCCGCUGUCCCUGGAGAGUCGCCGCGGCUACGGACCUGUCUUGGGGCGAGGGCCUGGAGGACGGGCCUGGGCCUGGAACACGGGCCUGGGCCUGGAACACGGGCCUGGUCCCGGACGCCGAGCCGGUCCUUCCGGAAAGGUCUAGUCCCAGGAUCCCCCGGGCUAGGAGCGGCUGCGCGGCCGCCUGACCGGGUCCUAUGGAACAGUCCUACCACGUGUCAGAAAAUGCCUGUCAAAAGCUGCAAUUCCAUGGAACUGAGAGGAGCCCUGGGAAAUACGCACAACGGUCAGUACUUACGUCAGAGGCCUAACCGAUUUCUGCCGAGUCAGCAACAGCAGCAGAUUUCCAGGUCUUACUCUGCAGCAAUGCUUGCAGUGCUCCUUGGAGAAAACUCUCGAGUGGGCUGGGAAGAAGAGGCAACCACAAAAGACUCAGCCCCCGGCCUGGGUAGCUCUUUCACUCCACCCUCACUUGUGGGUAAGAGAAGACAAGACAGCCAUGAGAGGGGUCCCCUCAAUUCUGCUCAGACGCUUACAGGGGUUCCCCAGACUGGGGAGGACAGCAAAGAGGACAAAAAUCCAUCAACAACCUAAGAGAGCAAGGACUCUAAGAGACCCUUAGCAGGAGAAGAUGAGACAGAGGAUGCAGGAAAGAGACUAACCACCUCAAGGAGAGACACCUCCUCAGACCGAAGAUCAGAAGAGGCUCCUGGCACAAGAACCACCAGUUCCUGCCAUAGGUUUCACUGAAGAGCAGCAGCAAAAAGAGAAUGAGGCCUUUCCUUUAGUGCUUUCAGAUACUUAAGAGGGAGGGAACAAAAAUAUCCCACACUAUGCCCGCUAGGAGCCUGUGUUCCCAGCCAGACCACAGUGGUAUGGACAAGGAUGGCGGGUCCCUCCGACCCCCCUCACACCUGCCCUAUGCCUUGUCUCUACAAGGUGUUUCCUCUGGUCAACUACCCUCUAACUUCCAAGAAGAUUUCUCUCAAAGGAUUGUUUCCAUAAUAUUAGAAAAAAUUCAUUGUUUCUCAUAUUAUGCAUCCUCUGAGGACGGUCUCUGUUCUCAAAAACAGCAACAUUUAUUCUUCACAAAUAUAUUUGUUUCUUCUAAAAAGAGAGUGUUUUCUUUUGUCUCUACUGCAUUUGGGGGAAUGUGAGAGUUUUCCAGAAACUGGGGCUUAGGGAAAAGAAAAGGUUGGUUCCAUUCUUACUGAGAGCUGACAAUUUUCUCAAAGCUGAGGCUGGUCACGGGAACUUUGCAGCAGCCCUACACACCCACCACCAUCUCAGCUUCCUUCAUCUGUUAUUCUGAACGUGGCCAUCCGAAAAACAAAUACAAAAGCAUAAAAACUUCUCAAAUGCUUGGGGGGGACUUAAGAAAAAUGGGGAAACCCACUAAAGAACAAGCCUGGCUCUAUCACAAUAUUGAACUGUAAAUAGCCAUGGGUUGGAAUGCUCAGGGUUGCAUGGGCACACAGGUUAAAUGCCCCAUUCGGUCUCCAGGAAGAGUGGGAGACAAGGAAGCUCACACCCCACCAGAACUGGAGUUGGCUGCGUAAGGAACACAUCCCACCUUACAGAGCAGUUUGAAGGAUAUCUUCCAUGUGACUCCAGGGCCCUCUUCCAUUCCUGAUGAGGGCUGGGUGCAUCAGCUCAGCUCCCCAGGUCUUAAAGAAGGUCUACAACUGACCACGUUUCCCCUUUGCUUUCCUGGCAUGAGGCCUCUGGUGCAGAGGGAGGCAGAACUCCUGGCUGAUUGUGGGUUAGCAGGUAGGGACAGGAGGAGGCCAAAGGGAAGGCAGAGCAGGUGAAGGGCCCUAGCAAACAUGGAAGUGGAAGAACUUGGUCUUAUUAGUCUUGGCAAAGAAAUCUCCAUCUCGUCAAGAAGUGCUCUGCUCACCAUUCAGCUCCUGGAAGAGAGCUGGGUUCUAAGUUAUUAAAACAGACCCAUGGCCUGGGUCACUUUGCUCAAGGCAGCCCAGCUCUGAAAGUGUUCAGAGGUAAGACUGUUGUCUGGAAAACAGUAACUCUUUGAAUGUUAGAAAAACAGAGCUAGGGGAGCAUUAGCAGGGUGGUAUUUGGGGGCAGGGAGUACUGCUGAGUGGAUUACCAGAGGAAUGUGAGAGGCCACGAAACUACGGAAUGCUACUUAAGGAUCUUCCCUGUCUGUGGUGUCUGCCUUGAAACAAAAUUUUAAUUCAACAAGGAGUUUUCCCCACUGAGUGAGUAACUUAAGAAAGGGAAGCCCCUUCCUAUGGAAAGCCUACAUGGUGCCUGGCUUGAUGACAUCACUGCAGGACAAAGGGAUCACAUGGCCUUCAAUGAGGGGAUGGUCUGGGUCACACAGUGCCUGCAGAAAAAUGAGGCAGAUAGUGAGGAAAAAUUUUGAGGAUGAGUGUGUGGGAAAGAUGGAAAGCCAGUGUGUGGGAAAGAUGGGAAAAAAUAGCCUAAUUAGUGGGAAGGAAUGGGAAUAUUUCCAUCAUCACUAAUCAAGACAACUCUCACUCCUUAGCCACACACACACACACACACACACACACAC